AUUCUUCCCCCACUGGGAGGCCACUGGCACUACCUCUCAAAGCUCAAAAGGAGAUGCUUCAGGCGCCAUUGCGCAUGCAUCCAUUCUGCAGUAUUCUGUCUGGCUGCUGCGUAAGACGAUUCUGCAGCAUUGGGCAGCUUUGGGCAGCUGGGUUUCGAAACUUUCAAAAAACGUUUACGAGCAAUGAUGCGCUAGCAGCGUGUUUUGGUACACGAGGACGACUACAGUCCCCUAGAACAUUCAAUGGCGCCAACAGUCCUGAUGGUGGCUGAAAAGCCCAGCAUCUCCAGCUCCAUUGCUCAGCUGCUGUCAAAUGGGAAGGCCAUGUCCAGGCGGAGCUACUUGGAGGUGCACGAGUUUGGGGGGCAGUUCCAGGGGCGGCCCGCCAACUUCAAGAUGACGUCAGUCAUUGGUCACGUACUCAGCAUCGACUUCCCGGCCAAGUACCAAAACUGGGACACAACCGACCCAGCGGAACUGUUCGACGCGCCCACUGUAAAGAACGAAUCGAAUCCCAAGGCCCACGUGUGCAAACACCUCCAACAGGAGGCACGGGGCUGCGACUACCUUGUUUUGUGGCUUGACUGCGAUCGGGAAGGGGAGAACAUCUGCUUCGAAGUCAUGGACAAUGUGGUCCCAUUUCUCCGCAAAGCGCCCGGGCAGCAGGUCUACCGGGCGCGCUUCUCAGCUAUUUCCGCUGGCGAUGUGCGCUCGGCGAUGGCGUCACUGGGCGUUCCGAACAAGAACGAGGCUCUCGCUGUCGACGCGAGACAGCAGAUCGAUCUGAAAGUGGGGGUGGCGUUCACGCGCUUCCAGACACGGUUCUUCCAGGGGAAGUACGGCAACCUGGAUUCGUCAGUCAUCUCGUACGGCCCGUGCCAGACCCCCACGCUGGGCUUCUGCGUCGAGCGCCACCAGCGCAUUGCGACCUUCGUUCCCGAGAACUUUUGGUCGGUCCGCCCCACCGUGCAAAAGGGGGGGCGUCGUAUUCCCCUGGAAUGGGAGCGGGGCCGCGUGUUCGAUAAGGAAAUCGCCCAGGUGUUUCAGAGAAUAGUCGCGGAGGGGGGUGCGGCGCAAGUGCUGGAAUACGGCGCGAAAGAGGAGAGGAAAGGGCGGCCGGCGGGGCUGAAUACGGUGGAGAUGCUGAAGGUCGCGAGCAGUGGACUGAACAUAGGGCCGCAUCACGCGAUGCAGCUGGCUGAGCGCCUCUACAUUUCGGGUUACAUCAGUUACCCCCGAACCGAAAGCUCCGCCUACCCCGCCAGCUUCAACGUGCGGGAAACACUGGCGGAACACCGGUCGCACCCAGUCUGGGGGGAUUACGUCACCUCCCUGCUGGCGAUUGGCCCGUCGGCGCCUCGGGGGGGGACCGAUGCGGGGGAUCAUCCGCCGAUCACUCCGGUCCGGCAGGCAACAGAGUCCGAACUCGACACCGACUCGUGGCGCCUUUACGACUACAUCGCCCGCCACUUCAUCGGGAGCGUCUCCCCCGAUUGCCGCUUCACCAAGACCCGGGCACUUUUCUCCAUCGGAGGAGAGCGCUUCCACUGCUCCGGAAGGGCGACCGUGGCGCCCGGAUUUACCGCCAUCAUGCCCUGGCUCGCAGUCCCGGACGAGGGCCUCCCGGUAUUUGUGGUCGCCGAAAACGUGCCGGUUGUGGAAGUUGAGCUCCACCAAGGGCGGACGAGCCCCCCCGACUAUCUGACGGAGUCGGAGCUGAUCGGGCUGAUGGAGAAGCACGGCAUCGGGACGGAUGCGUCGAUCCCGGUGCAUAUCAACAACAUCUGCGAGCGCAACUACGCGCAGGUUCAGGCCGGCCGGCGCGUUGUGCCUACCGCUCUGGGCAUCACUCUCGUCCGCGGCUACAGCAGCAUCGACCCGGACCUGUGCUUGCCGGACGUCCGGUCGCACAUCGAAAAGCAGAUCACGCUGAUCGGGCAGGGGAAGGCCGAGUACGCGCACGUUGUGCGCAGCUCGCUGCGGGACUUCGCCGCCAAAUUUGCGUACUUCGUUAGCCAGAUCGAGCGCAUGGACACUCUCUUCGAGGCGCAGUUCUCGCCGCUGGCCGCCACCGGCAAGCCCCUCUCCAAGUGCGGCAAGUGCACGCGCUACAUGAAGUACAUCCCGAUGCGCCCCGCGCGUCUCUACUGCUCCUCCUGCGAGGAAGUCUACAACGUCCCGCAAAACGGCGCGGUCAAGCUGUACAAAGAACUGCGCUGCCCGCUGGACAACUUCGAGCUCGUGCUCUUUUCUUUGUCGGGCCCAGAUGGCAAGUCCUACCCCCUUUGUCCGUACUGCUACAACAACCCGCCGUUCGAAACCGCGGGGCUGCUCUACGGGGGCGUCGGCGCAGGCGGUAAAACCGCGAAAGGGGGGAUGCCGUGCACGCUUUGCCCCCACCCUAGUUGCCCCCACUCAAUGGUCCAAAGAGGUGUCUGCGCUUGUCCCGAGUGCGAGGGAACCCUGGUUUUGGACCCGGUUAGCGCGCCCAAAUGGCGGUUAGACUGUAACCGAUGUUCCUGCUUAGUGUAUCUACCCAAAAACGCGCACAAGGUCGGUGUGAACGCGGCCCAGCGGUGCGAGGAGUGUGAAUCGGCUCUGCUCGAGGUGGACUUCAACAAGAACGACACGCCGCUUGCGGGGGGGGCGACGAAGCACAUGGGGUGCCUGUUAUGCGAUGAGCUGUUGCUAGGGUUAGUCGAGAUGAAGCACGGGAAGGCGUUUGCGCGGCGGCCGGGGGGGAGGGGCCGGGGGCGAGGGAGAAGGGGGCGGGGGCGGGGAAGGGGGAGGGGACGGGGGGAGGAUCCCAGGAUGAGCUUUCGGGACUUCUGA